AUGGUGACCUCUUUUCUCGAAUACCUCACUACCAAUGAUCGUAAUAGCUGCGGUUACUGUAAAAAUGAGCAAGGAGAGAGAACUCCAGACAGUUCGAACAGUUACACUCUUACAGGCGGUGCAUGGGCUCACAAUAUGAAUGCAAAGGACUAUGGAAGGCUUUUGGAUAUGGGCUGGAGAAGAUCAGGACGAUAUCUGUACAAACCAAACAAUCGUCUGACUUGCUGCCCUCAGUUUACGAUCCGACUGGAUGUCACGAAAUUCAAGAUGUCGCGGAGUCAAAAGCGAGCAAUGCGUCAGAUGAAUGAGUUUUUGGCUACUGGAAAACGACCAGUCUGUGGAAUAAAAGAGGAAGAUUCUGUUGAAAAGAACCAAAAAAAAUCGAGCCUGACUUCUGCCGAAACCACUUCCACGUCACACCAGGAGCCUCCUUCGAAGAAAAUGAAAGACUCUGAUAGGCCGGUACUUACAAAAAAAGAGAUUCUAAACAAGAGAUUCUUAGAAAAGUGUCAGCAAAGAAACUUGGAUCCGGAAGAGGUUCGAGCUGAGCGUAAGGCUAAAGAUGCUGCACGACAGAGAACUAUCCAAUCCUACAUUGACGAAGCUCGUCCAGAUUGGAAGCACAAACUGGAAAUCAAGAUCAUACCGGUAGAUAGCAGAGAAUUUGAUGAAAGAAGCAACGAAUCUUUCGAUCUCUAUAAAAGGUAUCAAACGACUAUUCACAACGACCAUCAUUGCCGAUUCGCUGGAUUUAGAAAAUUUUUGUGUGAUUCACCAUUGAGCAUCGAGAAACGUGAUGGAGUAGAAUUAGGAUCGUUCCAUAUGUGGUUCCUGCUUGAUGAAAAAAUUAUCGCGGUUUCCGUUCUGGAUGUCCUUCCUCAGUGUGUUUCUGCAAAGUACAUGUUUUAUGACCCAGAUUAUUCUUUUCUUUCUCUUGGUACCUAUACAGCUUUGAGAGAAAUUGAUGUCACGAAGCGAUUCCAACAAAUAUGUCCUUCCCUGAGGUACUAUUAUAUGGGCUACUACAUUCACUCGUGUCCCAAAAUGCGAUACAAGGCUAAAUUUCGCCCUAGCGAUUUGCUCUGCGAGAAAUCCAAGACAUGGCUCACAUUUGAUGCAUGCAAAGAGCUUCUGGAUAAGUCUACCAAUAGCAAUGGAUUCACAGAGUUCCGACCAGAAGAACCUCAACAGAUUCCACUAGCUGUUGAUGAUAUCCUCGUAUAUUCAAAAAGAGAGAUCCUCACGUUCGCCCAGGCUCUUAUCCGUUUUCCAGAAAUUGCGGACAACAACGAAUUUCUACAAAAAGUUCGCGAACUGACUAUUCUUGUAGGCCCUGACUUGAGCGAAGCUGUAUACUUUUUCAGCGAGUUUAACUCCUAA